AUGUUGGCCAAAUGCUACACCUCGCUCAUUGUGUGCGCCGCACUCCUCACCGGCACGGUUGAUGCCCAGACAGGAGCAAACUGGGGCGGCUUCAACACCAUCCGCAACAUCUGGACCGCCGGUGCCUCCAUCGACUACAUCGGUAGCGGUGCUCUGAGCUACAGCACGACCGCCAACGGACCCAACCACAUCAACUACAUCGUCAACGCCCGCGGCGCCAACAACGUGAACCUCAACAAGUUCGCCUUCCCCGGCGCCGUCACGGACACCCGCUACGCCACGCCCACCACCUUCCUGGGCUUCAACCCCAUCAUCAACUGGAACGACCAGAUCACCAUGAUUUCGAACGUCUUUAGCGCCGCUCGCCUCGCCGGGAACGCCUCGUCCAGGGAUUCCCUCUUCAUCUUCCUCGGGUCCAACACCGGGAACGACGUGCUGAACACGUACAACACGACGACCAACCAGGCCCAGACCAUCACCAACCUCAUCGGGACCAUCAGGUCCAAGUUUGCGCAGAUCUACAACGCCGGAGCCCGCAACUUCAUCUUCCUCUCCGUGCUGCCCGCCGAGCUCAUCCCGCGCAUCCAGAACCGCGGCGCGGCUGACAUCGCCAAGGUCGCCGACUUCGCCCGCAACUACCAGACCGCCGUUGUCGCUCUCAUCAACGAGCUGAACAACAACCCCACCUACCGGGGCCAGAUCACCAUCUUCGCCCCCGACUUCACGCAGACCCUGCGCGACAUCAAGAGCGGUGCCCUGACGACCGGACCGACUGCGGGAUACCUCGAUCGAUCCGGCUACUGCGCGGAUGCAGAGCUCAUUGGCAUUGUCGUCCCGCCUAACCCAGACUACACGUCGCCCAACUGCCAAUACCGGGCGCGCAAGUAUCUCUUCCACGAUGAGAUUCACUUCACCUCGCCGACUCACUGCGAGUACGCACUCAACUCUUUAAGGUCAAUGGGCGUCACGGCCACUCCUCAGCAGUUGUCUUGCCAGAUUGCUUAA